AUGUCGAGCCAGACGGGCAAGUGGCGCGAAGAGCAGGUCCUCGUCGUCUGCCCCGGCAGCCAGACCACCCUCGCCCAGCUCGGCUGCAACGAGUUGACCCCGCCCGUGCACCGCUUCCCCACGCGCAUGUUCCGCGACGAGGAGUCGGGCGAUUGGAGGGCCCAUCAUACGUUCAAGAGGAAGAAGGCGGGGGGUGCUGCGGGUGCGGGUGCUGCUGGGGCGGGUGCUGAUGUGGGUGCUGGGGCUGGGGCUGGGGAGGAGGAGUGGGAGUAUGUGGAGGAUAUGGACUCGGCGGAGGGUGCGGUCUAUCCGAUUCAGGCCGGCCGCAUCGCAAACAUGGAGGCCUUCCUCGCCUUCCUCGAGCACGUCCACGCCCAGCUCACCACCACCUACCACAACACACCGGUCAUGCUCAUGGCCUCCCCGCAGUGGACCCGCCCCGACUGCGAGACCAUCACCCGCUACGUCUUCGAGAAGACCAAGACCCCCGCCCUCUGCCUCAUCCACAGCGGCAUCGCCACCCAGUACGGCCUGAAGUGGCCCAACAUGACAGUCGUCGACGUCGGCUUCGAGAAGGUUGACGUCACGUGUAUCUACGACGGCCGCGUGGUUUCGCAGAGGGAUGUUGGGUCCGCCGAAGGGGCCAGUGGCGGGGAAGCUUUUACGAAGCGGCUGGUCAAGCUGCUGGAAGCGAAGGGGUUCGACCACGAGAUGGCCGAGCAGCUAAAGAAGAGCGCCAUCUGCGAGGUGCUGCCGUAUGCGCCCGAACAGCCGGGAUUGAUGGAGCUGCCGACAGAGACAGACAAUGCGCCUCUAGCUGCAGCGGCGGCACCAGCCAGCGAGGGACUAAAAAUUGCAGAGCCGAGGAGUGGUGUACCGGUCGCGGAUGACGAGCUUGGAGUGAAUGGCGAGGCAAAAGACACCGAAGAUGAUGGUGUGCUAGAUGUCGCGAACAUUGUGGUGAGCGGGCAAACCAGGGAAUUUCUAGCCAAGAAGGAAAAGGAGAAGGCCGAGAAGGGGAAGCCUGGGCGGAAACCGAAGGAUAAGGAGAACGCCGCCGCCGAUGCUACCAAAGCAGCCAGACUACCCAACUCGAAAAGAUUCCGAACCUUGUUCCACUACGAAGAGGUGAUCACGGAGGAUGUCCCGGUUGCCCAGCCGGCCAAAGAUGACGGUGUCAAAGAGGCCGCCGCAGCCGAGGGGGCGACAGAAGGUGAAGGCGAAACUGGGGAGGCACCCAAGGCAGAAACGGCCACUGAGGAACAACCCCAGCCCUCCGACGCCCAACCAACAGAAACCGCCACAACAGCGACGGAGCGGGUGACCCGGCGCGUGCGCCGCGAUAUUGAGAUCGGCCUGGAACGCUUCCAAUUCGCCGACCGUGCCGAAAUCGACCGCAUCGUGAUGGCCAUCUACAACGCCAUUCAGAGCAUCGAGGAGAUGUACAUGCGCCCCGGCUGCUGGGAGAACAUCGUCUUCGUCGGCAACGGCGCCCGCAUCCGCGGCCUCCGCGACAACAUCCUGCAAACACUACAGGCGCGCCACCUCGUCUCCCCUAGCUCUGCCACCAUGUUCACUUCGGAGCUUCCUUCCAACAUCGGGACGCCCUCGGGAACCGGCUCGCAGACACCCACCUCCUCCUUCGCCGGAGCCCCGCACCCGCUCCCCACCACCAGCAACGUCAACCCCCUUCUGCAGGCGGCGACCACGGCGAACCUGGGCGUGCCCGGUGCCAACGUGGCGGUCUCCAGCGCGGGCGACGCCGCCAACAGCACGAGCCACCACUUCCACAGCCAGACGCCGACUAACAUUCGCCUGGCGCCGCUGCCGGCCUAUCUUACCGAGUGGACCAAGCACGGCUUUGAGGAGGCCAUGUUCCUGGGCGCUCAGGUCGCGGCGCGCCUGGCGUUUUGCAUACAUAACUUGGACGCGCAGGGGUUGGAGGCGCAGCGGCUGAUGAGUUUGAGUCGCGUUGAUUAUAAUGAACUGGGCCCUAAGGGGAUUCGGUCGCAUUCUAUGCUUGCGUGA